AUGAGCACGCAGCGGCAGGGGCCAUUCCCAGCCGCUUCCAAAGGCGAUGGCCAGUCCUCUGCUGGCACCUGCCUCCAUGCAUCCGGAUCCACGCAGCCCCUGCUGCUCUCGGCAGGGAGAGGGGGUGUUCGGCCGGGCAGGACCUGCUUGCACUGGGCCUGUAAGAGGAACCAUGCUCAAGUGGUCUCCUGCCUGCUGGAUGCUGGUGCGGAUAAGCAGAUCCUCACCGCUAAAGGAGAGCUGGCUGCACAGUUAACUUCAAAACCAGACAUCCGGAAGAUUUUGGGAGCGGAAGAAACUGAAUGUCAAGGAGUGAAAGAUUUAAAUUUGCCAAUUGUUGCAAGCUACUUGGCCAACCCACCGUUCCCGUACGUUUACACUGAAGAAAGCAUUCCAGGCAGCUUGGCCGAAUCCCAGAAUGAAAGUGCUUCCAUCUCUUCUGCUUCCCAGUGUGAGACUAGUCCUUGUUCAUCAGCAACUCAGCUUGAAAGCGUAUGCACACCCACAUCGUGCAACAGCGAAGAUGAUUUUCCUGCACUAGACGCUGCAGGACAGCUGCCUGCCCCGUCAGCAACUGUCGCAGCACCAAAAUGCAUCACGCCUGACGUAGCCAACGGCCCCGUUUGCCGGCCGGCCUUGCCUCGCAGCAGAGGUCUGUUCUCUCCGGUAGCAUCCAAGCAGGCUGUACCUCUGCCAACCGACAGUUCGCCUACUGGUACCGCACCAACGUUUCAGCCCUUUUUCUUUACUGGAACUUUCCCAUAUAACAUGCAAGAACUUGUGCUUAAGGUGAGAGUCCAGAACCUCAGAGACAAUGACUUCAUUGAAAUUGAACUGGACAGGCAGGAACUGACCUAUCAAGAUCUGCUCAGAGUGAGCUGCUGUGAACUGGGCGUUAAUCCAGAACAAGUAGAGAAGAUCAGAAAAUUACCUAAUACACUAGUACGAAAGGACAAGGAUGUUGCCAGACUUCAGGACUUCCAAGAGCUGGAGUUGGUGCUUGUGAAAACCGACAGCUCUCCCUUCAGACAUGCUGCAUCGACUUUGACCGAGAGACCAUGCUACAACAGCAGAGCAUCAAAGCUGACCUACUGACUCUUCUAGAUGCCUCUAGAGUAUGAAAACCUGGUAACUAUAUGCUGCUGCCUUUUGAAGGCAGUGAAUUAAGCAUGUGUAAAACCUUAAGUUAUUGUUAGGGUUACUAUUUUAACUAAUAGUUUAUCUUUUAUAUUUAAUAUCCCCUUUGCUUUUAUUUUUUUACUCGAUACUGUAUUCAGAUAAGGGAUACCUCAUUUGUCUACUAAAAUCACAUGCUUCCAAUGUAUUUCAGUGACCUUUAUGGGUUGUAUUUGGCAACAGAGGGCAGGAAAGACUUAAUUAUUGAUAUGAAAAGUACAUUGAUUACGCCUACUUUUUGACCAAAUAAGAGUCUUGGAAGAGAGAUUCAGGAAAUUGUGUGCGUGUGUGUGUGUGUAUAUAUAUAUAUAUAUUUUAAACUUCCUGAUUAAGUUAAACAUCAGAGGGUAUUCGGCAUACAACGAACAGUCACGCUUUAAAAAUGUAAAACUUGCAAGUCCUUCACCUCUUGCCCCUUCACGAAGACUCACCAAGAUGCAUUGUCUUGCCUGCUGGGGACAGAAAUAUUUCAUGCUCUGAAGUGACAGGAGAAAAAUGUUCACUGGGCUGAAAGUGACUGCGGACUAAGAGCGUCCACAUUUAAAUGUUUGUUUCUUUCCUAUAUGAGAAUACUGUAACUUAAGUGAUGGCAUCCCUCCACCGCCACAAAAAAAAAAUAAAGGGAAGCCUCUUAAUUAAGGAGCAGUUAAGUCACAAAGCAAGUUAAAGUGCCCAUUCAAAGGAAAGCCCUUAUGUUUCAGGAGCUCAGGAGGGGAUCACAAAUCCGUGUCCAUGGUUUUACGCAUUUUUUUUCCCCAACGACGUGAGGAGACUACGCAUUACUCACCAGAAGUCAGUACUGUUAAGUCAAGCGACUUCUUUAUGGCCCACCCUCACCCACCAGUUACAGGGCAGGGUGUGUGGUUAGUUUCUGCUUGCGUGAGGCGCAGGAGAAGCACAACAGUAUACUCUUGAGGUAUCACAAGCCUGAGGGAGCAUACCACGCUCUUGAUGAGCCGUGCUAAACUGGUAACACACACCAUUAGCAAAUAACUAACCUGUCACUUCACACGUUGCACAGUCUACUAUCACUUUGAGAGUGUCCAAAGCUUUAGCCAGAUGAGUACCGCAAGGGCUGAACGCCUCCAGGUGCUUUCAACUGAAUUUUUUUUUGGGGAAAAAAACCCCAACAGACUGUGGUUAAGCUACAGACUGCUUAACUUGUCUUUAAGCAAGUCAGUGAUGAAAACAUCCAUCUGGGGUUUUACGAAUGGCAAAAGUCAUCAUUAAAACACACCUUGGAGUCACUCCAUCUCACGCCGAACAAAGUAUUUUAAGUCGCAGCGUUGCUGCAGUAUUAACACCCUGGAGCUUUUCCUGUUCCCGGGGUAGUUUGCAAAGUUAUACCGUAGGAGUUUUUUUUGUUUUGUUUUGUUCCAAAAACCUGACCUGGGUACUGGGGUGGGUGCAGGGGUGAGGGAGUUGUUUCUGGACAUGAGCUGCUCCCCCCCCGCCAACAGCAUUGAUUUCCCUUCCAUCUCUCCUUCAUUAAGCGGCAUUAGAGCGGAGUUGAUGCACAGCUGAUGCAGUGUUUGUUGUUGUCGAUCUGGAUCCUCACGUUGACAUUCAGACCAUAAAGAGUACAAUCAACAUGUCUGGUAGGAGCAGCAUGGCUGCCACCCGGUCUUAGCUUCCCACAGCACAGCUGCUUUAUCCCUGGAGUGGCUCCUCCACGCGAGGUCACUAACAGCAUGCGUGUCAGAAGAAUAUAGAAACCCCUUCUGCCAGCAGAAGAGACGCUUGACUCUCGGUUCAGGAUUUCACCAAGUUACUCUAGGCUUAAAAUUCUUGCUUAGCGCAUUCAGAGUAAUUAUCAUCCUUUCCCACUUGCUCUAUAUCCAUCUUAUCACUUAAACUCUGCUAACGCCCCGUUCUCAAUCCCGGCCCCUCUCUCUCCAGGAGCUGAGCUACUGCGACACAGUAUGAAGUAAAAUUUCCUAACUAUGGCUCCUCGCUUUGUUUUUCUUGUAGGCCAGGAAAGGAGUUUUUAUUUUAACAAUUGCGUAUUUAUCUUUUCGGCAUAGCUUGGAGGCUAGUUCAGAUUAUGUGCAAUAACUGUUUGAAAAACAGUAGUAGUUGAAUGACUCAAAAUUAAGAGUAUCUGAUUUCUUUUCGGUUCCUUUGUUUAGGAAAUCAGUGUAAAGACUGCGUCCAUUAAUUACCAAACAUUCAGCUAUAGGAGCAGCUGGUUUAAAAAAAGCUUUAUUUGCUCUAGUUUCCACAAAGAAUAACUGUUAAUGUGAUAAGACUAAAAGUUUAAUCAUUAUCUGACUGUAAUAACAGUAAGUCUAUGCAUUCAGAGAAAUAUUUUUGUAUGUUUUAUGCAGUUUGAUAAACUCUAAGGCACACUAGUUAUGUUGGUUUUUUGUGGGUUUUUUUUUUUUUGGAACAAUAAACUGUUGGUAUGACAACUGAAACUAAGUUUACAAAACUUACUGUUCUUCCAAGGACAACUUUUGUUUGCACUACAAACUUGUACUAUACUGACAUUGCUACUCUUCACUUAUAUUAAAGUAUAUCAGUUGUUUCAA